AUUCACUGGUGCGGCCACUUGGCCACCUGCCUCAGUGGCCUUCUGGCUGUUGCCGAGAGAUGGCCAGUCUGCUCCGGGCUGCUGCAACUUUGGGGCUGUUCCCCCGGAGGGGCUACUGCUCCAGGGGGGCGCAGCUCAGUGUUCCCUGGUGUCCCUGGGACAGUGUUGGAGGAAAUGCAGAGGGUGAGCUCAGCAAAGGCUUUGUGGAGGCUCUGAAGGCAGUUGUGGGGAGCUCUCACGUGUCCACGGCUGCCGCCCACCGAGAGCAGCACGGACACGAUGAGUCCAUGCACAGGUGCCAACCUCCAGACGUUGUGGUGUGGCCCCAGAAUGUGGAACAGGUCAGCCGGCUGGCAGCCCUGUGCUACAGCCAAGGAUUGCCCAUCAUCCCAUUUGGCACUGGCACGGGGCUUGAAGGUGGCGUCUGUGCAGUGCAGGGUGGUGUCUGCAUCAACCUGACCCAUAUGGACCGAAUCCUGAAGCUGAAUCCAGAAGAUUUCUCUGUGGUGGUGGAGCCAGGCGUCACCCGCAAAGCUCUCAACACCUACCUGCGGGACAGUGGCCUCUGGUUUCCUGUGGACCCAGGCGCAGAUGCCUCUCUCUGUGGCAUGGUGGCCACCGGGGCCUCGGGCACCAAUGCUGUGCGCUAUGGCACAAUGCGUGACAACGUGCUGAAUCUGGAGGUGGUGCUGCCUGGCGGCCGGCUGCUUCACACCGCAGGCCUAGGCCGUCACUUCCGGAAGAGCGCUGCUGGCUACAACCUCACGGGGCUCUUUGUGGGUUCUGAGGGGACACUAGGACUCAUCACAGCUGCCACCCUGCGCCUGCACCCUGUCCCUGAGGCCACGGUGGCCGCCACCUGUGCGUUUCCCAGUGUCCAGGCAGCUGUAGACACCACCGUUCACAUCCUUCAAGCUGCAGUGCCCGUGGCCCGCAUCGAGUUUCUGGAUGAGGUCAUGAUGGAUGCCUGCAACAGGCACAGCCAGCUGAACUGCCCCGUGGCGCCCACCCUCUUCCUCGAGUUCCACGGUUCCGAGCAGGCGCUGGCCGAGCAGAUACAGCGGGCAGAGGAGAUUGCCGGGCACAACGGAGCCUCCCUCUUCUCCUGGGCCAAGGAGGCUGAGGAGCGCCGCCGCCUGUGGGCCGCACGGCACAGCGCCUGGUAUGCGGCCCUGGCCCUGCGGCCCGGCUGCAAGGGCUAUUCCACCGACGUGUGUGUGCCCAUCUCCCGGCUGCCGGAGAUCCUGGUGCAAACCAAGGAGGACCUGAAGGCCUCGGGACUCACAGGAACCAUCGUUGGACACGUGGGCGACGGCAAUUUCCACUGCAUCCUGCUGGUGGACCCAGAGGACACCGAGGAGGUCCGCAGGGUCAUGGCCUUUGGAGAACAGCUGGGCAGGCGGGCACUGGCACUCCAUGGCACGUGCACCGGGGAACAUGGCAUUGGGCUGGGCAAGCAGCAGCUACUCCAGGAGGAGGUGGGUGCUGUGGGCAUGGAGACCAUGCGGCAGCUGAAGGCCAUGCUGGAUCCCCAAGGCCUCAUGAACCCAGGCAAGGUGCUGUGAGGGGCUCCCAGGACUUGGCCCACAAGCUCCAGACAGUGGAACCUCCUGUUCUAGAACCUUCCUUCUUGUCACAGGACAGUUCUGCCUUGGCUCAGAACUGCUGGGCUCCUUACCUGCCUUCCCCUUGGUCUGGUCCUCCCUGCUGCCGGGGAGCUGGGGGCGGGGGGAGGGAGGCAAGGCCUCAGAGACUCAGCUCCCUUAGCCCUACUCCACCUGCCUGGUGACAGGAACAUGCCUUUCCUGGUGAGGGUCUCCUUGUGCCCCUGAAAUAAACCAGAACCCCAUUUGCAGCAGCCUGGAGGUGAGCAGACAGUAACUGAAUGGCCUGCUGUGCCUGCCCUCCCCACCUCCGUCACGUUCUCUGUCCUUUGUCCUUGUCUCUCAUCCCUCCUCCCCUGCCCGGGAGGGGCCCAGUAUGGCUUAGGCUACAGAAAGUGGCUUUCAGGGACAGGGUCCCUGUCCCAUCUGCUGGUGAAAACCCCAGUGCCCGAGGCCUUUACCAUAGCCCACAUCCCUCAUGACAGACUACCCAACUGAGCCUGGCCUGGGCCUAAGAGCAUUCUGAACAUGUUCAAGUGGCUGUUGCCAGUUUGAAGUGAAGAUUUUCUCCUUGUAUUCUACUUCUCCCUGGUGUGAUGGAUUAUAUUACUAGCUUUUUACCCUCAAAGUCAGAAUCUGCCCUCCCCUGGGCCUACCGACCCUUAGGAUCUCUGGCCCCACCACUUGUCCUGCACACUGGUCAGUUGUUCCGAAGCCCACGAGAGGGCGCCUGACGCCAUAGGAUCUGCUCAGGACUCAACCUCCGACGCGGCCUGUAGCGCUCUGCCCAGGGACACCUCCCUCCCUUCCACCUUCCCAAGGUUGGGGUGGGGGAGGCUCAGGGUCCCAGAAACUCUCAUUUAAACUCCAUCCCAGGAGCCUAUCAUGCGGGCUUGUCUCCCUUGCCCUGUGGCCUUGGCCUGAUCAAAGCAGGGAGGCCGGUGGGACCUUCCCAUCUCACCUCACCCUUACAAGCCACUGUUGAGCUCCUUUGCUGCCUCCACCCCCUGGACCCCUCCCUGCCUCUCCCCAUCAGCCUUCCAGGCCCUGGGCAGAGGCUGCCUUCUGGGACUCCUCAGCCAAACUUGGUUCUUGGAAGCUACUACUGGACUGAGCCCAGUUUGCCCCUUUAGUACAUUUCUACCCCUGUGCUGUGUGAGAGCAGUCUCUGUGCCAAGCGGUGGUGUGGGGGCAAGCCUCAUGGCUCUCCCCAAGCCACCCCCCUACCCGAUCUAGUGUUAGCCCUCAUAUAUCUGGACACACAGCUCACUCACACCCUUCCUCCACGUGGAUUGCCUUGCCCCCGAGCCCAGGGGAGAAGUCUGCAAUGGAGGGUUCUCCCUUACUGGGGAUGACUCUUCUUUGAUGAGCUGAAAGAACAAGCACACUGUUCACUGAAAUACCAGCCCCUGAAGAUUCAAGUGACUAUUUUUGCCUUA